AUGGGUCAUAUUCUUGGCCAUGUUGUUCUUUUUCUUACUCUCUCGCUCGCCUUCGUUCAUCCUCAUGACGAAGAUGUUAAGACAUAUAUUAUCAGAGUCCAAAAUAACAAGAAACCAUCAGUAUUUCCAGAGGCCCAACAUUGGUAUGAGGCCACCCUUCAAAGCCUGGAAGACUCGAAUCCUUCAAAACCCCAAAACUCGAAACUAGUUCAUGUUUACAAAACAGUUUUCCAUGGCUUCUCCGCUAAACUGACCACGCGGCAAGCCCAACAGCUUCAAGAGUGUGAUCCUAACAAUACCCGCGUUGCUGUGCCUUUGUUGAACGAAUUCGAUUAUGGCUCGGGCGUCAUCAUCGGAUUCCUCGACAGCGGUAUCAAGCCCGACCACCCUAGCUUCAACGACUCGGGCCUCGGACCCCUCCCAGCCAACAAGAAAUGGAAAGGCGAGUGCGCGGUGAAAGGGGUGAAAGGGUUUCUGUGCAACAAGAAAGUCAUCGGCGCCAGGAGUUUUAUCGAAGGAACGGGCGUGAGUCACGGCACGCACACGGCGUCCAUUGCUGCAGGAAGGGCCGUCGAGAACGUUUUUUACUCGGAAAACGCGUUCGGCACGGCCGUCGGAAUUGUGCCCAAGGCGCGAAUUGCGAUCUACAAAGUAUGCGAUGACGAUGGCGGCUGCCCGGGUAACGCCAUUCUCGCCGGUUUCGACAAGGCGGUGGAUGAUGGGGUCGACAUAAUCUCCAUCUCCAUCGGAGACUUUUUGCCUAGAAAAUUUGAUACGGACCUCCUCGCGAUCGGGGCGUUUGGUGCCAUGGAGAGGGGCGUUUCGGUCAUUGCAUCCGCUGGGAACAGCGGCCCUACGGGACGCAGUGUGUCCAAUAUGGCCCCGUGGUUGACGAGUGUCGCUGCCGGCACAAUCGACCGUGUGUUCUCGGCUGAUCUCGUGCUUGAAGACGGUACGCGGAUACACGGGUCUUCGCUUUACAGUGGGCCCCCCAUGGACACCUCGUCUUUUCUGCCCCUGGCAGAUGGAGAGGAUUGUUUAUCAUUGGACCAGCGCUUUUCCGGAAAGAUUGUGGUCUGCUUCCCGGAGGAUGUCAGCAAUGCCACAGAUAAUGUGAGAAAUGCCGGAGGUGCUGGCGUGGUGGCAAUCUACAUGGACCUCAGUGCCAAACAAUUUUCGAUUCCUGGCCUCGUCAUUACCGAGUCCGACGGAAGUAAGAUCUAUGACCUUAUCAACGCAACAAGAAACACGGUCAUAAAAGCCACGAUGGAAUUCUACGGUGUGGAACUCGGGGUCGAGCCAGCUCCAGCGGUAGCUUCUUUCUCCUCCAGAGGCCCUAAUCCUCUUUCAUCAUAUGUUAUGAAGCCCGACGUGUUGGCGCCAGGUGUCAACAUCCUAGCGGCAUGGCCAGAGGGCGUCGAGUUCAAAAUUCUUUCGGGCACAUCCAUGGCCUGCCCGCACGUGUCUGGGUUGUCCGCUCUCUUGAAGGGAGCCCACCCCGAGUGGUCCCCAGCCAUGAUCCGCUCCGCCAUCAUGACCACCGCUUACACCCAAGCCAACGAUCGCAAGCCGAUAAUUAAUGAUCAUGAUGGGACAAAGUCCACAACCUCCGAUAUGGGUGCAGGUCACAUUGACCCUAGUAAAGCCCAUGAUCCAGGAUUAGUCUACGAUAUCAACCCGCAGGGUUAUGUGGAUUUCCUCUGCGCUUUGGGUUAUAUAACUUACGGAUACAAUUGCACUGAAGGUGUGAAGCAGUGGGAUCUGAAUUAUCCAGCCAUCUCUAUUGGUUUUAAUGAUACGAAUCGUGGUAUCACGGUUAAAAGGACCGUGACAAAUGUCGGUGAAGAUGAUGCUACUUACACUGUGACGGUCACCAAUCCAGAAGGGGUGUAUCUGACGGUAAAUCCGAUGAGAAUGGAUUUUACAAGCAAGGGUGAAAAGCAAAAUUACAGCGUGACUAUAACCGCAACAGGUUUUCCCGGAGAUGUGGACGGGAAGAUAGUUUGGUCAGACGGGAAGCGGCAGGUGGUGUCGCCUGUUGUCAUUGUCAGGACUCACAAUUGA